AUGGACAACCGUAGGAAGCAGAAAAAAAACCGCCUGCCAUUGUCGACGGCGCAAAAGAUAGAAUUAUUACAGAAGCUCGAUAGCGGUGUGUCAGUGAUGAGGCUUACCGUGGAAUACAGUAUCGGAACUACCACCAUAUAUGACUUAAAGAGACAGAGAGACCGGUUGUUAGAGUUUUAUGCUGAAAACAACGACCGGAGAUUGAUGAGAAGUACAGAAAACCCGCCGAAAGCAAAAAAUGAUGAUCUUGACCGCGUGUUGAUCGAGUGGGUCCGUCAGCAAAAACGUGAACGCGUGCCUUUGACGAAUUCAACUCUUAUUAAACAAGCGAGAAAAUACCACGAAGAACUGAACCUUCAAGGCGAGAGUGAAUAUUCAGAAGACUGGCUGCAGAAAUUUAAGAAGCGUCAUGAUGUAAAAUAUUUGAAAAUCGCGGACGAAACGAAUAAGACAGCUCAAUUAGCUCCAAGUUACCCAACAAAAACUGAAACGACGACCAGACCAAAACCUGCUUCUGAAACACUGUCUUCUGCUAACUCUUUGAUUCGAAAUGAUUCCCUGUCUCAUCCAACUGCAGCAAAACUCCAGAAAAAAACAGAAAGACAGUUUGGGAACCAAUUCUUUGAAGAAAAACGACAAAUGGCUUCUACACAAUCUCCUAUGAUAUCUGCCCAAAGCAGCCCCAAAGGCAAGUGCAAGUGUUGGCACCCCAGUUCAAGUCACAGUGGCUAA